AUGGGAAGCUUGGACUCAUCCUUAAAUGAAGAGUUAGAAAUUGUCCCAGAUUCACAAAUUUCAGGGUUUGAUUCUCCCUUGAUACCGACGGGUGCAGGCAGUAGCUUCCGCGAUGACGAUGACGAUGACGAUGAGAAGGUGCAACCCAACUUUAUCAGCGAUACUGAGAAUGACACUCUUGAAAGUGACGAAGAGUUCUCGAGCCUAGAAGACAGUGAUCUAAUUCUCCCUAAUGUCAAGGUAAAGUCUAGCGAUAAUUUCGACCCAAUCUUAAAGAGAAAAGCUUUAAACAAUAAUGAAAGAGAAACGAUUUUGAAGAUACCUAGGAAAAUAAUCGAUUAUGUCCCAUUGAAGAAUUUCAAUUUAGGUGACAGUUUCGAUAGUAUGAUUACUACCAGGGUGACAAAACUAAGAGAUUUAGAAAAGGAAAUAUUGGACUCACCUAGCGGGAGCACAGGUAUAGUGACCACCAGUAAUACUGCGGCCAAGAGUGAGUUACAAAAAAGCAUAAAGUGUGGCGGAAUUAUCCCUGAAAAAUAUUUAGAUGUGGUCACCAAGGAAACUAUAUCCGAUAAAUACAAAGAUUGGUAUUUCAUCUCUGAAAACUGUCAUUUUGAGGAGUUGAUGGACUUAGAAAUGAAAGAUAUGGAUUAUUCAUUCUUGUUCGGUAGUAAUACAUGCAAAGGGAACGUUCCUGAAUUUCUUCGCUUGAAAUGUCCCAAUAUCACAAACUUACUAGUCUUAUUUGGUGUCAACGAAGAAAAAUGUUUCUCACUAAGAAUUAACUACGAGAAAAAAGAAAAUGCCAAACACGAUAAUUUAUGCACAAUUUAUCCCACUGACAAAAUGCUCAAGUUUUUAAUGUACUACUACAGUGCUGAUGGAGAUGUUAGGGAGGUUUUUCUGAAAGCUUUCAUCUGUUUAAUUUUGGACAGAAAUGUUUUUAACGCCAUGGGAUUGGACCACAAUAUGUGCCUUAAGGUUUUGGAACUAUUUGAUCAUACAGAGUUCAUAAACUCAUAUUUUGAGAUUGUGUGCAAGGACGAUUUUUUUUUACAUUAUAGACUACUACAAAUCUUCCCCAAUAUACAAACCGCCUUACUUGGGAGACUCUUUAACAAAGAACGAUGCCGAAUUAGUACUAUAGAGCAGAAUAUAAUCAAUGAAUUUAAUGAAAUGUUUGACUAUAAAAACUAUAAGAAUUUGCUGUAUUUCAUUUUGAUGAUGUACGGUUCGAAACAUACUCCUUUUGGACCCAAAUCCCAAGUAACAGAAUAUUUCAAAGACUGCAUAUUGGAUAUCUCAAAUGAAACAACAAAUGACGUUGAAAUUUCUAUUUUGAAAGGUAUAUUAAACUUGUUUUCUAAAAUCAGAUGA